AGAAAUCAAAGAAGAAAGAAGAAAGAAUGGCUCUUCCACAAGAAGAAGUCGUCGAUGCUCUCACAAAGUCUUUCUCAGGAUUUGGAGUUGAUGAGAAAUCAAUUAUUAGGGUAUUGGGGAAAUGGCAACCGGAGGAAAAGAAAUCCUUCAGAAAGAAUUACCCUUUUUUCUUCACCGAAGACGAUCGUCUCUUUGAAAAGUGGAACGCUGACCACAUUUCCGUCCUCAAACGUGAAUUCUCUCGUUUCAAGAAUGCUGUUGUGAUGUGGACAAUGCACCCUUGGGAAAGAGAUGCUCGUAUGGCAAAGGAAGCUUUGAUUAAGGAAGAGAACCGGUCCUAUGAUGUUAUAAUUGAGAUCGCUUGCACCCGAUCAUCUGAAGAGCUGUUGGGUGCGAGGAAGGCCUACCACUCUCUCUUUGAUCACUCCAUCGAGGAAGAUGUUGCUUCACAUAUCCAUGGCACCAAUCGCAAUCUCUUUGUAGCACUAGUGAGUGCUUACAGGUACGAGGGUUCGAAAGUGAACGACGAGGUUGCAAAAUCAGAGGCGAAGACGAUCUGUAAUGCCAUCAAGAAUGCCAAUAAGAAAAACCCUGUUGAGGAUGAAGAGGUGGUAAGGAUACUAUCAACCAGGAGCAAGCCCCAUCUCAAAGCAAUCUAUAAAAACUACAAGGAACUGUUUGGAAAGACACUUGAUGAGGAUUUGGAGGAUGGAUCAAGCUUGAAAGAAGCAGUUCAGUGCCUUUGCUUUCCUCAAGUAUAUUUUAGCAAGGUACUGAAUGCUGCAUUGAUGAGUGGUGCAGAUGAGAAAACAAAAGUUGCACUUUCUCGAGUAAUUGUAACCAGAGCUGAUUCUGACAUGAUCAAAGAGAUCAAAGAGGAGUACCAUAAGGAAAAUGGAGUCUCCCUCUCCCAGAAAAUCAAUGAAAUAACUCAUGGGAACUAUAAAGACUUCUUGCUCAACUUGAUUGAAAGGGGAGAGUAAUUUAAUGAAAAAUAAAUUACACCAAAU